AUGUCGGUGAGCGAUCCAUUGUUAAAACAAUUAAAAGCACUGACAUUGGAUUUCCGCUUGUCCAAAGGAAUUGUCAAUGACAAAAGUGAAAAACUCGAGCCUUUCUGUGAGAUUUUGGAGAAAAUAUUCCGCAAAGGAUUAAAACAAAAUGGUGGCUGGUUUUCCAAAACUGAUUAUUGGUGUUGGAUCUACAAGCUUCUUGAUAGCCCAACAAGCCAAAGGAUUAACCCAAUCUUCAGCAUGGUUACAGACAUAGUGAAGGAAUCAAAGAAAGUAUGCAACCUACAGGGUAGGGGAAGACUUUUUAUUCGUUAUGCCUUGGUGAAAAAAGUCCUUGGAGUACCUGUUGAGCUACUCAUGAAAAAUAGGCAGAUGGCAGAAAUAUGGUAUCAUCCUGAACAUUCAAUUCUUGGAAAUGAGAUUUUAUCUGAAAUUUUCAUUUCUUUACUAUUUGAGAUUACAGAAAUCAGAUUCCUCCUUAAUUUGAAGAAUGCAAGCUUCUUAGACGAAACUUGGGGACUUCCAGUUUAUAAAGAAUAUGAACUUGUUCCUUGUGACGACAUUGGAAUGACAGUCCAGUAUUUGGUUGGUCGUACUCUCGUUCGAAAUGUCGCCCCAGGAAGUGUUGCAGAAGAAGACGGCAAAAUUGGCUGUGGUGACGUUCUUGACGAAUUAUUUGGAGUCAGUCUGCGGGAUGCCAGCAAAAGCAAAGUGCAAUAUAUACUCCGUCAAAACAGUGGAUGGCCCAUCAGACUUGCAGUAACAAAAUGUCAUACCAGUGAUGGCUGUAUUUACCCACCCAUUGAAGAGCUGAUGGUAUUGGCUAACUUAAAUCGUGACCAAGUGAAUUUAACUCCAGUGAAGGAAAUUCCCAAGAAGAAAGAAUUCAAAGAUGAUGAUGAAGAAUCUGCUGAUGAGCCAGAUCUCUUCCAUCCACCUGUAGAAAGAGGGAGAAAGCCAGCUCAUGCCUUGUUACCGUUCGAUGAUACUGAUGAGAUUCCUGUCCACGGUUCUGACCAAACUGCCUGCUAUUCUGUCUUAUUCAUUGAAGAGGUUUACCUUGGCAAUAAUGGAGGUCAAGACCGAAUCUUGGAUGUAAUUGGAAGAUCAAUGGUAAAUUAUCCCGGUAAACAACAGUCUUUUUUACUACAACUUGGAGAAACAGAAGUAAUUAUUUUAACUCGGGAUCAAAAAAAGAUUGCUUACCGGCAUAGCUUCACUGAAAUAUCUUCUUGUGGCAGAAGAACGGAUUCUUUGAAGAUAUUUGCUUAUAUUGCAGGGGAGACAACUUGCAGUCUUGCACAGAAUUUCAUCUGUCGUAUUUUUGAAGCGGAGACCCCAGAGGAGGCUAAAAUAAUCCUGUGUGCCAUUGGUCAAGGAUUUGAUCGGACUUCAUUUUUCCUUCAUUAUUACCUGCAAUCAGAUGAUUAUCUUUCUUCCUUUUGUACUUUUUCUUGCUCUCCCUUCCCCCCAUUAUAUUGCUCUCUCCUUUUAUAUUGCUCUUCCUCCCUUAUCAUAUUGCUCUUCUCCCUGUUUUAUAUUGCUCUUCCUCUCUCCUAUUGUAUUGCUCUCCCCUCUAUUAUAUUUCUCUUACUCCCCUACUAUAUUGCUCUUCCCACCCACUAUUAUAUUGCUCAUCCUAUUAUAUUGCUCUCCUCCUCUUUUAUAUUACUUUUCCUCCCCCACCCUAUUAUAUUGCUCUCCUCCCCUUUUAUAUUGCUCUUUCUCCCCCAUCCUAUUAUAUUGCUCUCCUCCCCUUUUAUAUUGCUCUUUCUCCCCCAUCCUAUUAUAUUGCUCUCCUCCCCUUUAUAUUGCUCUUUCUCCCCCAUCCUAUUAUAUUGCUCUCCUCCCCUUUUAUAUUGCCUUUCUCCCCAUCCUAUUAUAUUGCUCUCCUCCCCUUUUAUAUUGCUCUUUCUCCCCCAUCCUAUUAUAUUGCUCUCCUCCCCUUUUAUAUUGCUCUUUCUCCCCCAUCCUAUUAUAUUGCUCUCCUCCUCUUUUAUAUUGCUCUACCUCCACCACCCUAUUCUAUAUCUUUAA